ACAUCGCGAUUCUACCCAACAUCUUCAUGACUCUACCUUGAAGUUGUAACCACCACAUUCUAUCGGUCUGUGUCAAACUUGCGGAACCUCUGCAUUCUCAAUCACGCAAUGGCGACGGGCGACACGGCGCCUCCGCCUCUCUCGAUUCCUCCCCCGCAGAUCGAGCCGCUCUCAGACGACGACGGGUCUAGCCCCCUCAGCGAUGUCGAGGAUAAAGACGAGGAUCCCGACGAUCUACAUGACGAGGAUCGUCUAACGAACAACGAGCAAGAUGAUUCCAGCUUCCCUGACAAUCAGUCUGACGCGAACGAUACUGAAGCGGAAACGGAACGUCUCUAUGACACCCCCCAGCAGACCAUACGGCAUAAGGAUGUUGACCUUGACAAACCAGCGGACACAGCGGUGUACGAACGCACUCCGAGCAAGUUGCGGCAAGAAGCCAAUGUGGCCCACCGAGACGGCGAGCAUCAAGAUACGCCCUUGUCCGACGACGAUGUCUCGAUGGCCUCUAGCCCCCCUACGCAACCAACAAACCACCCCAAGAAACUAGCCUCGCCAACCUUGGAUAUACUAGCAGAAGCAGCUGCGACGCAAGAAGCCGAGAGCAGGAAGCGCAAGCGGUCUUUGCCCAUCGAAGCUACUGAGAUUGACCACUCACUACGAAAACGCGCUGCGUCUAUCCCUGAGGCAGGUGAAGUCCCAGUUGAUGGCGAGGCGGUAAUGGCAGAUGAGGAUGACCCGUCUCUGAACACGAAUAGUGGGGAGCAAUCUGCUGACGAGGCCGUCGAUACGACGGCGGGUGACGAAGAACCAGAGCCGGAUGAGCCUGUUCAGCGAGCACCAUCAAAUCAUCUUCCUAAUACCAGAAAGAGCACCCGUAGUAGUUCAAAAAAGCUCAAAGAUGCCAGUGAAGCAGCUGAGGCGGGUGUGCCUACCGGAGAAUCGUUGGACGGUACAGUUCCCGAAGAAGAUGAAGCGCAUACCGGCGAAGACGAGCAUAUGGAGGUUGACGUAGAUGAGGAGGCAGAAGCAGCCGCAAAAAAUGAAGAAGAACUUGAAAGGAAAAGGGCUGCCUUCGAACAACUUAGUUUGAUUGAGAAGCGAUUUGCGACAUUUAGAGAAAAGCUUUAUGAGGAACGGCUAGAGCAGUUAAAUAGGGAAGAAGCCAUGUUGCGGUCCGAUAACCCAACACAUCCAGAUUACCUCGCGAUGAUGCGCUGCGUCGAUGCGCGGAGAGAUGAAAGGCUGCGCAUAGCUGAUCGCGAGCUUGAACUCAAAAUAGAAGCUUCAGAGAGAUGGGCGGUAGCACGACGAGCUCAAAUACACUCCCAGUUUUUCCAAGCAGUAAGAGAAUCGCGAGAAAGAAUAUUAGCAGAGCUUGGUCAGCACUGGUAUGACAUACAACACGAACGAAGAAAGAACGCCAACAAUAUCCCCGAAUACGGUAUUCGCUUUCCUAAAAAUUCUUCCCAGCGCCUACGUGAUGCUCUUUCGUACAACAGAGAAGUUUCAAUCCUUGCGGGUAUUGCGAAAUACGAAGGUAUGCCCGCCGCUCCUGACAUGCAGGGCGCCAACCCUCAAGAGCUAGAAGACGAUUUUGACGCCAUCAAUAGAAAUAGGCAUCACCCACCACGGCAUGCUUUGCCAAGGCCAAUAUAUGCUGAUUAUGGGGGUGUACCCCUCGGAGAAGCACUUGGACCUGCCGGCGCACAGUUUCUUGAGCAAACUCCUUGGGCCAACCCAAAUCAUCCUUCAAACGCACAUCUUUUGCAGCGACAACACACAAAUCAACAUGAACCACAUAUGCUUAAUGCCUUAUCGGGCGCGUCAGCCGAGCCUCGACGAGUCUCGAACCAGCCGAACCCGUUCGCCAUAUCCUCAGAUUCCCAACCUUAUAACGGCCAUGCCAAACCGUCAAAAGGCAUAACCAGGCAACAAACCACUUCACCUGAAGUCACACGCGCAGCAAAUUUACUGGAGCAGACGAGGACUUUGGGUAGGGGGGCGGUGACUCCUAAUACAAGCGAGAACCAUCAUCCUCGUAAUUAUUCCGGAGCCACGGCUGUGACCUCAUAGACUGUCGCAUUGAGGAACCGAAAUUAGCGGAAGGAGGCAUUUUGCAUUGAAUACAUAGCGGAUGACGACCAUAUUAUACCUUAUGA